AUGGAGAGUGGAAUUGGGCUCAGCUCGUUGGCCUACACUGGCUAUGGGGCAGCCUUGUGCAUUAUUGUGGUCAGCAGCAUGUGCUUCUGGCUUCGUGACGCAAUGGUGCUAGCUAUUUCGAUGACGCUGUUGAAAAUGCUUUGCUGUAAAGGCCGACGUGCCAGAGGAAAGCUGACAGGGCUCGUUUUCCCGAUCUGUGUGGACGACUUGACGUCGCCUUCAGGUGCGGCUCUGCUAACUCGCAUGCUCCUGGCCGAAAAUCAUUUGCCGGAUGGUGUGGUGGUAACAUCUGUAGAGAACCUGGACAAAAAGGUUACAGAUGGGGUCAAGGGUGACAAGGCUGUGCUGGAGGUUAAGUACUCUGGACCUUGCGAAUUGCCAUCCCGCUUCUUCUUGAAGUGCAACCUGCAAAAGCUCGGAGCAAUGCGGCUGCUGGUGGCGACCUCCGACGUGUGCUGGUGUGAGGCAUUUUUCUACAAGUACCUAGCGCCUGAGACCAAAGAUUGUCUCAGAACUCCGAAAUGCUUCUUCGUGGACCUGAACUUCGUGACAGGUGAGUUCUGCCUGCUUACGGAAGUGUUAGACUUUGGCUCGGGCAAGCUCUUGCCAUUGAAGCACCGAGUUCGGGAUGCAGCAACCCUGGAGGAGCAGCUCUUGUUCAUAGAGACCGGUGCCAGACUCCAUACCCAUUCCUGGAGCUCCAAGCCGGUGGAAAUUCCUCGCUUUCACCAAACUCGUCGCCAGAUGUGGCUCCUCUGCAUGGUCAGUGGCUGGAUGGGCCUCAAGCAGACUGUUCAGAAAACCGUCAAGGGGAAGAGCGCAAACCUUGAAUGGAUGACGUGGAGCUGCCCCAUCGACCUGGUUGGAAAGGAGUGGGAGCUCAUCUGGGAUAUGGCUGACAUCCUCACGAGCCUGGCCCUUGAAAGGGACAUGGUAGCGUUUGGCCAUAACGAUCUCACCACCGACAAUGCCUUCUACUGGCGCGAAGGUGGCAGUGAGCAGCUGAGGAUGGGGCUGUUCGAUUGGCAGCAAAGCUGUAUGAACAACAUUGGCCAGGAGUGGGCCUGGAACUGGCAUUUCUUGGAGCCUGAGUUCCUUGACAAGAAUGAGGACAGAAGGAGGCCCUGA